GUUGAGGCGAGUUUGAAGACUUGACGCGCUUUACUGUCUAUGGCUGAAGCAAAGUGCCUUCAUAUUCCUGGCCUGCAUAUGCCCUCACUGUACAUUUUGCGUUCAUGCAACAUUGUAUUGUCGCAUUUGCCACAAUGUAAGGUAGAAAAACGGCUAAACGCUUUUCUGAAGAGUCGUCUGAUAGAGCGGAUUUGCUUUGUUUACUGUUAGCUAGUUAGCUAGCAGGCUAAUGGGCUACAGAGAAUGCAUGUCACGGAUAGCGUUACAAAAUAGCUAGAGGAACAGUUUGUGACACCUGAUGUGAAAGCUAACGUCAAUAUUUGCCUAGAUUUUUGUUUUCCGGAAUAUUGUUACAGAGUGUUCACCAUGGCCAGUGUACACGAAAGUUUAUAUUUUAAUCCCAUGAUGACCAAUGGGGUAGUCCACGCCAACAUCUUUGGAAUAAAAGAUUGGGUGACCCCAUAUAAAAUCUCUGUUUUGGCUUUACUUUACGAAAUGAUUACUUCGAAACCAAUGGCACUCUUGGAGAGACGACGCCUGAAUAAACUCAUCCUUCCCCUGCAGCAGGGCCCAGACCUAACUCUUAAACAGUUCCUGAUGAUUGUGGAAUUGUGUUGCCCUGAAACAAGUUUCGAGCUCAGAUGCAGGCUGUAUCAGAUGGCAGAUGGCGAGCUGAAAGACAUGGAACAUUUCUUCUCCACUCUACCAAACCCCUUCAGUGACUCAGAGGUGUACAAGACUAGUGUGGUUGGUUUGUUCAUGCGGCAUAUGCUCCUGGCCUAUAACAAGCUGUCAUUCAGCCAGGUAUUUAAACUGUACAAGUCCUUGCAGCAGUACUGCAACAAGGACCGGUGGGUAACACCCAGCUCUGGUCCUCAAGCUGAGCUGCCAUCUGCUGCCAACGAGGACAUGGAGCUGACCAGCACUGAGGACACAUCAGUGCCCCGGGUGGACGGCGUGGACAGAGAGGAACCUGAUGCUGGUCCACUGCACCAGUCUGAGCUGUGUGGCCAUGACACCACAGGUCCGCUAUCGCAGAAACAAGCCGAGUACUUCUUUGCCAGACAGGCGUACCUGUUGAAAAAUGAUGAGAACAAGGCCAUGACGCCAGCCAUCCUGCAGAAUGAACUGAACAACAUCCUGAAGUUCAACCCAGACUUUGCUGAGGCGCACUACCUGAGCUACCUGAACAGCAUGCGUGUGCAGGACAUCUACAUCGCCACCCACAGCCUGCUGCACUACUUCGACCGGCUCAUUCUGUCGGGCGGAGAGGGCAAGAGCAACGGGGACGAAGGCUACGGGCGAAGCCUGCGUUACGCCAUCCUCAACCUGGCUACACUGCACUGCCGCUUCGGACACUAUCAGCAGGCAGACCUGGCACUGCAAGAAGCCAUCCGUAUUGCUCAGGAAGCCAACGAUCAUGUGUGUCUUCAACACUGUUUGAGUUGGCUUUAUACAGUGGAGCACAUGAGAGGAUCAGACAGUGUGGUGCUCACAGAGGACUCUGUCAAAAUGGCCUCCCACUUUUGUCUCCCGUACUUAGCCUCUCUGGGCAUUCAGUCGUUGGUCCAGCGGGGGGCAACACAAGGCAUGACUGCCAACAAGCUGCUGGACGCCCUGCGGAGCACAGACAUGGUGCACUGGAAGCAGAGUCUCUCUGAGCUCAUCGAGAUCAGCCUGGCCCAGACCACCUCCAUCUGGAGGAUGUACGGCAAGAGCACGAUGGCCUGGCAGCAGGCCCAGCUGUUGCUGAACAUGAACAGCCUGGAGCCGGUCAACUUCGGAGUUCAGCAGAACAACACUGAGGCCUUCGCCGUGGCCCUCUGCCACCUGGCUGAGCUACACGCCGAUCAGGGUCUCUAUGGGGCUGUCACCGACAUCAUGGCACACCUGAAGCAGCAGUUCCCCCCUCACACCCAGCACGCCAAGCUGUGGAUGCUCUGUGACCUGAAAAUUCAGUUUGAGAGAGCAAUGAAUGAUGGGAAAUACCACCUGGCAGAGCCUCACGUCACAGCAAUCGCUGCUCUGCACAGGACUGAGGGACUCUACAGGAAGGCUCUGCUACUGAAAGCACUGAAUCGAACAUCUGAAGCCUCAAAGAUCCUGCAGCGACUGCAGCAGCUCUGUGAGAAAAACAAGAGUACUGAGAUGAUCAUCAGGGUCUUGCUGGCCACAGCAGAGCUGCACUGGGACUCUUCUGGUUUUGCCACAGCCCUUCCCCUCCUCCUGCAAGCACUCACUCUCUCCCGCCAACACAACUUGCAGAGCCUGGCCUCUGAGACAGUGCUUCACUUGGCUUUCACACAGCUGAUGUUGGGAACUCCAGAGCAGGCCCUGGCUCUCCUGGAGGAUGUGCUGGAGUCCAUCCUGGCCCAUGGUUCUCUGAUGGAUAAGGGCCGCGCCCUGCUGCUCAUGGCCCGCUGUCAGGUGGCCCUGGCUAGUUCUGCAGUAGAAGAGGACAGGCUAGCAGCUUUGGAGCAGGCGGUGGAAACUCUGGAGGAGGCCACGGCCUACUUCUCCCGUCUGGACUGCAGCGAGCGUCUGCGGGAGAUCUACUACCUGCAGGCACGUCUGCACCAUGCCCUGGGCCACACCGCCCAGCGCAACAAAUUUGCCAUGCUCUUACGUCUGCUGGACCAAGAGCUCCCGCUGUCAGGGGCAACUGCUCUGACUCACAUCUAGGCAGCCAGAGAGGUGGUGUUAGAACAUGUCUGUGUAUGUUCUUGUGUGGAUGGUAAUCAUCUUACCACUCUUUCGUCCUGAAAGUAACUGAAAUUGGUUUUGCGUGAUGACCGUAGGCUACAUGCCAUUGCGCUGGAGGCAAGAAUCCUCCAAGAGGUGUUUCCAACCACCAUUUUGUUUACCAUUUUGUAAGAUGAAAUAUUACAAAUCUGUGUAUCAAGUCAUUUCACAGACAUUUCACAGUCUUUAAAAGAGAUAUAGUUCUGUGGAUUGUAGGAUACAAUAAAAUGUUUUUGUUUGUUAUUA